CGAAAAGUGCCGAAAUCGAUGUGACGUGACCUCGUAUUAUUGUCCCUUCAAAGUCACACUUUUGUUUACAUUUUUUUUUUGUUUUUCUGGCAUGGAGUCAGAUAAAGCGGCGCCACAAAUAUUGGCGCUGCAACCACAAAUUAAUCCUCAACUGCACCCGCAUGGAGAUAAUAUUAUCCAACGAUGCGCCGCCAAGGAGCUGAGCUACAACGAUUUCUACUGGCGUUUCAUGCACGCCAACUGGCCGGUGAUUAUAACAGAUGUCUCCAACGCCUGGGAAUGUCGCAACUGGGCGAAAUGCGAUAGCGAUAACAAUACGACUAAACUGGACAACGAAAAUGCCAACAAUAACAACAACAACAACAAUGCUAACGAAACUGGCCAAGAACAACACAUUAAUUUCGACUACCUCAGGAGCCGCAUCGGCAACAUUGCUGUGCCUGUUGCCGACUGCAAUGCAACAUAUUUCGAUAGCCAUGCCAAACUGGAACUGAAGUUCCAUGACUACCUGGAGCGAUGGCAACGUAACGCAACUGAUCAAAGGGAGACCAACUGCAAUGUGGCCAAGGACAACCUCUACCUCAAGGACUGGCAUCUGGCUGCCCAGAUGCCCACGUAUGAGUUCUAUCAAGUGCCCAAGUAUUUUGCCUCCGAUUGGCUGAACGAACAGCUGAUUGCCGAGCAGCGGGAUGAUUAUCGCUUUGUCUACAUGGGACCCAAGGGAUCCUGGACUUCUUUUCAUGCGGAUGUAUUUGGUUCGUUCAGUUGGUCCACCAACAUUGUGGGCCACAAAAAGUGGCUAAUAAUGGCACCCGGCGAGGAACGCAAGUUGGCCGAUCGACUGGGAAAUCUGCCAUUUAGCAUUGAUGAAAACCAACUGGAUGAGCAUCAAGUGCAUUAUUUCACCAUCAAUCAAACGGCCAAUGAGGCGGUAUUUGUGCCCAGCGGCUGGUAUCAUCAGGUGUGGAAUGUGAGCGAUACCAUCUCAGUGAAUCACAACUGGUUCAAUGCCUGCAACGUGGCCACUGUGUGGCGUAAUCUGCUGAGCAACUGGAAGGCGGUGCGCAACGAGAUCGCCGAUUGCCAGCAGAUGGACAACUUUGAGGCCCAUUGCCAAACGAUGUUGCGAGCCAGUUUUGGCAUCAACUACCUCGAUUUUGUAGAACUUUUGGAAUUCAUUGUCACCCGCCGAUUAGCAGCAGCUGCACUCAAGGACCAACAAACAACAAUAACAGGAACAAUAACGACCGCAACCAGCUUAUUACUUUUCGAUAGAUAUCAAAUGAACGAUCAUCAUCUGCAAACCGAUCUCGAGUGCAUUCGACAGUUGCUCAUCGACAUGCUGCAGGAGCCAAGUGUUCUUGAGUGUCCUGCCCAACUGCACGAGCGUUGCGAACACCUCAAGCAGCAAUUGUAG